AUGGAGCAAAUGGAGAGGCGUUUCCAACGCAUGCUAGAACCCAUUCAAGAUGAGUUGCUACAACUCCGAGCGUCUGGAACACCAAAAACCUCUAAAUCCAUGCGAAGGCGAAGGGGCGUGGAGGAGUCGUCCGAUGGUUCCAAUAAUGAUGAUGAUGAUGAGGAACCUCGAAUUCGACCAAGGCAAAGGAACCAGACUGGACCUACCGAUGUAUUCAAGGGAAUCAAGAUGCAAAUCCCUGAGUUCAAAGGACGGUCCGAUCCCGAGACCUUUCUCGAAUGGUUAUCCAAGAUCGAAAUGGUCUUUUCUUGCCAAAACUACACCGAGGUGCAAAAGGUGCAAUUGGCCACCAUGGAAUUCACUGAGUACGCUGUGGUUUGGUGGGACCAAAUCAAGAAGUCUAGAAGGAGAAAUGGGCUACCUGAGCUUAUUCCAUGGCCCGAGCUUCGAGCCAUGAUGCGCACCCGCUUUGUACCUGGACAUUACACUCGGGAUUUAUACCACCGGUUACAAACCUUAGUCCAGGGCAACCGGAGUGUGGAUGAGUACCACAAGGAGAUGGAGAUCCUGAUGCUUAGAGCGGAUGUACAGGAGGAUCCUGAAGCCACCAUGGCGAGAUUCUUGAGCGGGUUACGACCCGAUAUUGCUGAACGAGUGGAACUUCAACAUUAUAUGGAGUUGCAUGAGCUUGUAGACAAGGCUAUUAAGGUCGAGCAAAGACUCAAGAGGAGGGGUACCACUCGAUCGAAUUUCGGCAAUACCACCUACUCUACCAACCGCCCAUUCCAACCAAGGAAUGAUUCUCGGCCUUCACCAAAUGCUCCUACACCAAAGCCGAGAUUCGAGGGAGGUAAGGUGGGCAACCCUAGUAUUAGUAAGCCGCCCUCUUCUACUCCAAAAUUUGAGGAGUCUAGGGUACAAACUAGAGCUCGUGAUACUCGAUGCUUCAAAUGCCAAGGUAGAGGCCAUAUUGCUAGUCAAUGUCCCAAUCAAAGGACUAUGAUUAUGAUGCAAAAUGGUGAGAUCGUGAGUGAGGACGAAGCCGAGUACGAAGGCAUACUACCUCUUGACGGAGGUAGUGAUGGGGAAUCACCAAAUGAAGAGGAGUUUAGUGCACCCGAGGGUCAUUUUGGGACUGCAUUGGUUGCACGGAGAGCAUUAACUGCACGUGUUAAGGAGGACGAGCUUCAACGGGAGAACAUCUUCUACACCAGGUGCUUCGUCAACCAAGCACUUUGUAGUGUGAUUAUUGAUAGUGGGAGCUGCACAAAUGUAGCUAGUUCACUCAUGGUGGACAACUUGAAGUUGCCUACAAGGGAUCACCCGCGACCCUACAAACUCCAAUGGCUCAACAACUCUGGGGAGGUUCGAGUAACCAAGCAGGUUCUUAUAUCCUUCCAAAUCCAUAAAUAUUCUGAUGAAGUAUUAUGUGAUGUAGUUCCUAUGCAGGCUAGUCACAUUAUACUAGGUAGGCCUUGGCAGUUUGACAGACAGGUGACUUUUGAUGGUGUGACUAAUAAGUAUAGUUUCUUGUACAACAGUAAGAAAGUCACACUAGCUCCCCUUUCCCCCAAACAAGUGCAUGAGGACCAAUUGAAAUUGAAACAAGAGUUUGAGAAGUAUAGUGCAAAAAGGAAAGAAAAUGAGAGAGCCGAGGCAAAAAAGGAGAGGAAAAAGGCUAUAGAUAGCUCGGCAAGUGAGGAGUACGCUGAUGUCUUCCCCGAGGACGUCCCAAGUGGAUUGCCACCACUUAGGGGCAUUGAACAUCAAAUUGACUUCAUCCCUGGAGCUUCAUUGCCAAAUCGCCCAGCUUACAAGAGCAACCCGGAGGAGACUAAGGAGUUGCAAAGGCAAGUGGACGAGUUGCUAGGCAAAGGAUGGGCAGUGAGAGUUUAA